AUGCGUUCCUCAAUUCUCCUCUCAGCCGGUAUUGCCGCCACGGCUAACGCCAUGCAAAUCUUAACUGCGCCAAACGAGCAGAUUGGCGGCGCCAUCAACCAGCGCCGCGAUCUGGCAUCGUGCACAUCCGUCGCGUCGGCUGUUCUUCCAAGGAUCACGGAUAAUGUUCCCACUGUCCCCGCUGAUGUCGCCAACUACCUAGCCUUCUCGGCCACCAUCACGGAUCCCUGCUCCAACCCGACCAUCACCGGCUCCAUCGGCUCCGCAUACUCUACCUACGCUUCGGCAUACACAUCAUGGAGAGAGGCUCACAUUGGCGACUUCCGCGCUCUGUGGCAGGCGUGUAGCGACGUCCAAGGCGUCGCGACCGUUUUGCCCGUUGGAACAGGCCAGUGCAGUUCCCUGGUUGCGGAGAUCACGAGUGCCGGACCUGUUGGUGGUGGCUCCGGCGGAGGAAACGGCGUUGGCGGGGGUAACUCCGGCAAUGCUGGACCAAGGGAGACGGGUGCCGUUAUGGCGGCUGCCGCUGUCGCCGGCUUCGUUGUUGCUGCAAUUCACUAA